UUAACAGAGAGUCCGUGGUCGAUGCAGGGUCAAUGGCGGCAGGAGAAAGAUGGUAUUUUACCAAAGAACAAUUGGCCUGCACCCCGAGCCGAAAAUGUGGUCUGGACGCGGACAAGGAGCUCUCGUACCGACAGCAAGCCGCCAAUUUGAUCCAGGAUAUGGGACAACGCCUGCAAGUCACCCAGCUCUGCAUCAACACUGCCAUUGUCUACAUGCAUCGAUUCUACUACUACCACUCGUUCACCAAGUUCCACAGAAAUUCCAUUGCAGCCUGUGCACUGUUCCUGGCUGCCAAAGUAGAAGAACAGCCACGCAAACUGGAGCACGUCAUCAAGGUGGCCCACAUGUGCUUGCACAGGGACGCUCCCCCGCUCAACCCCGCCAGCGAGGCUUAUCAAGAACAGGCAUUGGAGCUUGUCCUGAAUGAGAACAUGAUGCUGCAAACAUUAGGAUUUGAUAUUGGGAUUGAACAUCCGCACACCCAUGUUGUGAACUUUUGUCAACUAGUCAGGGCUAGCAAAGACUUGGCCCAGACCUCCUAUUUCAUGGCUACAAACAGCCUGCACCUGACGAUGAUGUGCCUGCAGUACAAGCCUCGAGUGGUGGCCUGCCUGUGCAUCCACCUGGCGUGCAAGUGGUCCAACUGGGAAAUACCCAAGUCCAGCGAGAACAAGGACUGGUUCUGGUACGUCGAGCAGAGCUGCACCGCGGAGCUGCUUGAAGAGCUGACGUCCGAGUUCCUGGCCAUCCUGGACAAGUGCCCGAGCCGGCUCAAGCGCAAGAUCAUGAGCAUUGGAGCAGGGAGCAGCGGAUCAAGUGCUACGGGGGCACCGACACCAGUUGCCACAACACCCAGCACCAGCGGAACUGCUUCAUCAUCUUCAUCCUCCCGGAAGGAGGCCCAUGCGCAGCAGAAGAGAGACGAGAGGGCUGCAGCCUGUGCUAGUCACGAGCAGUCCACUUCAAGUGAGGCUCCUGCUAGCAGCGAAAGGCAGUCUGCUUCCAGUAGCCACGGCAGCAACCGGAAGCCACCCUCAGACCCAACCAUGCAUCGAAACGCCAAGGUUCCGCCGCAUCAUGGAUCAUCGCAGCGGUCGCCAGGGCUGGCGCAACCGCAGACUGGCAACCAGGGUGCCGAGCACCUCCUUUCUCCUGGCAAGCGAAAGGCCCAGGAAGGGUCUAGCAGUCACGGUUCUCAGCCGCUUUCACUGGACGCAUACCGAGACAAGCGCUAUCGCCAAAAGGGUCAGCAAAAGCUUCAGCCACCUCCAACCGACCGGUCUGAGUCGCAUCACGGAGCCGUGUCUCACCCUCCUCAUCAGGCUCCCUCGUCACAUUCUCAAAGCAGGCAUCACCAGCCCCACCCUGAGCCGACCUUUGACAUGAGUGCGUCUGCAGCACCACGGCCGUCGGCUUCCGCUGCCGACAGCGCCAAGCCAGAGCCACCAGCCGCGCAUGUCAAACAGGAGCAUGCCUUCGAUGACACAAGUGGAUUUAACUUCAACUUUGCCUCUCACUUUGGUGGCGAUGGCGGUGACUCGUCCAUCGACAGCUUCUCCUUUGGCCUGGACGGGCCGGACAUGAUGCCUGCCAUUUCACCGCUGCAGUUUGAUGCUGAUGACAGGAGCAACUCGCAGGAUGUACUCAUGACAGUGUCGCAGUUGCCACCACCGGUGGUGCCACCGCCCCCAACAGUGCAGGUCGAGGAGAGUAAUGGCCCACUGAAAACAGUGGCUCCCCCGCCUGUUGCGGCGCCACCCGCAAAAGCGGAGCCCCGCACUCCCCCACUGCCACCGCCGAAGGCACGGCCCCCAUCUCCCCCGCCGCCACCAAAGCCACUCCCGGCAACCCCGCCGCUCCCGCCUCAGAAGUCGCGGCCUUCCACACCCCCACCUCUAGCUGCACAGCCACCACCUGCAGCACCACCGGCACCAAUUGUUGCUCCACCGGCAGCCGCUGUUGUUGAGAAGCCGGAAGUCAAGCCUGAAGUGGUUGCACCCCCAGUAAAGGACAAGGAAAAAGAGAGGUCCGAACGAAAGGAACGCAGAGAAAAGCACAAGCACAAAGAGCGUUCGAAAAACAAGCACUCAUCCCCAGGCAAACACGGCGGAGGAGACAAGUCUUCGGAAGGAAAGUCUCACGGUGGUGACAGGGUGCCCGACGCGGCUGCUCACCACACAGCGAGCAAUGCCAUCGAUGCGCAAGCUGCCACGAAUCAAACUGCAGAUGGCAUGCCCGUGGCUGAUUCAGAAAGAAAAGUGGAACGCAAUGGCCUCAGCAAACACGACCGCAAGUCUUCUAGUAGCUCAAAGUCCGAAAGCUCGCGGAAGGAGAAGUCCGAGAGGCGGGAGAAAGAGCGCCGGGAGGCGUCGAGGGAAGAAAAUGGCAAUAGGUCAUCGCAGCCAAGCGCUGGCGGUGGCCUGAAGAUCACCAUUAGCAAAGAGAAGCUUCAGCAGUCAGGCAGCGGAUUGACGGGCAGCCCGCCGCGGGAGGCCCUGAAGAUCAAAAUCCCCAAGCUCAAAAUUGUUCCGCCCACGCCAACACCGCCCCCGCCUCCUCCUCCAGCUGACGGAGGAGAGUCUGGCAAGGGACCCCACACUCCGCCACCUCCCCCUCCGAGCACGGGCCUCAAGCUCAAGAUCAGCAAGGAGCGGUUGAACAGCGGCCGUAAGAGGGACCGGCGGUCCGACGAUGGGGAGCAUCGUGCCCGCUCGCCCAAGUCGAGAAAGGUGUCCUCCGUGCCUGUGCCGCCACCUCCACCACCACCGCCUGGACCAAGCUACCCGGCACCACCCGUGGCGCCCUCUGGUGGCAGUGCCAAUCAUGUGCCACCCCAGUUUCAUCAAGGCUACGUUCCUGCGCCUCAGUUUUCGGCCCCGCCGCCCCCGAUUUACUUUCAAGGCCCAUACGGCUAUGUGCCACAACCUCCACCCCCUAUGCACAUGGCGCCAGGUGCGUACCAGGUUCCCCAGUACUUCGGCAUACCGCCCCCGCCGCCCCCUGUUGACCCGCCAUUACCGAAAGAGCCGCCACUCCCACCCCCGCCACCACCUUCAGAGUGAGCGGGGACUUUCUAGGCUAGGUUUUUAUACAAAUGUGUGCAUCCCACACCACUGGAGGCCGCCCACCCCUUGCGAGGAUGACUGUUUUCCAGAAGUGGCUGUGCCUCCGGUUUUCCCUAACUUAUUCAGGAACACACAAUUAUCGGGCUCGGUUCUCUGCUUUCCAGGAUCACGCGAGCGUAACUGCUCAGGUCGUGCUGUGAGAAUGUGUGUACUGUGGUCCAUGUGUAUAGCAGUGCCGUUGUCCCAGACGAAAUAUUGACAUCUUUAGAGUUGUUGAUGCUUUGUGAGUGGUGUGUGUGUGAGAGAAGCCUGGAUUUCUAGUGUGUGUUGAGUCUUUGGUGGUUUGCCACACUGUGUUGUUGCGCUGUGGCAUCAGUUCUUUUUUUCUUCCCUUCCACGAUACCGCCCACAUGUGAGAUGGCGACCUGCGUCGAACGCUGGUGGCUUCCUUGUUACCGCAACACCUGUGCGGCCGUGUACAUAGUAGCAAAGUGGGAACUCUAGGAGAGUUGUGCUUAGCGAUGGGGAGGGAUUUGUAUGCUGCCGCGGCAUAGGCCACGCCGUGUGGCAUAUCUGGGAUAAUGGGGAAGGGGGGUGUAGAGUGCAUUGCGACUCUCAGGUUAGGCACCAUCGGAGCUGUUUUCUUUGAAUUCAAGAAGCAAAAGAAAAAAAAAAGUGAAAAAAAAAAGUUGUCGAAGUUUGCUCAGUGUGAGUUGUACAUAGUGUAAUGUCUGUAUAUACUAUAAUGUUGAAACAUGCAGUGUUGUGGUUGAUGUUAUGUUGCAUUCAGCUGUGUGUUGCAAUAGAAGUCACCUGAACUUAAUUUUUUUCGUGUGUGUGUGUGUGUGCCCACUCCUGACAUGGCUUGUGCGGCUUAGUUUUCUUUUUUCUUUUUCUUUUGAAGCUGGUUGCUUCUUCAGCCAGUUGUGUUCAGGAGUUACUGCGGCUGGCAGGACCCUCUGUUUUGCUCCUGCUGUGUAAAUAAAGAUUCACUUGAUUGACA